CUUUUAAGUGGCAUUAUUAAAGUGAGCAUGCGCAGAACACUUUCUAGACAAGCGAAUUAACUUACCUCAGGCUGUUCGUGUCGUGUUUUGUACGAAUCCUAAUCGAUAUCUACUGACGAUCAUGCAGUUGUUUGUUCGCGGGCAGAGUUUGCACUCUGUUCAACUGAAUGGGUCAGAGACUGUUGCUCAUAUCAAGGCUCAGAUUGAAGCUUUGGAAGGUCUCGCCUGUGAUGAUCAGAUAAUUUCUCUCAGUGGGAUUCCCCUUGAGGACGACACUCUGAUCUGUCAGUCUGGGAUCGAGGAGUUCAACACUCUUGAGGUCUCAUCAAGGCUGUUAGGAGGCAAAGUCCACGGUUCCCUGGCUAGAGCAGGAAAAGUCAAAGGACAAACUCCUAAGGUGGACAAGCAGGAGAAGAAAAAGAAAAGGACCGGCCGGGCAAAGAGAAGAAUUCAGUACAACAGGCGCUUUGUCAAUGUUGUCCCGACAUUUGGCAAAAAGAAAGGACCAAAUGCCAACUCAUGAUUUUUUUCAAUAUUUCCUUCAUUACUGAGCAUUCCUGAUGGGAAGAAAAUGCUAUAUAAAAUUAGCCUGUGCACUUUGCUCUAUAAUUAAUAUUUUGUAAGAUCAAGUUUGGUGUAACGUGAAAUCAAACAAAACUAAAUCACUGGGAAUUAUUAAUUGUGUCUGUGGGAAGUAUGAGGUUUUGUUAUUUGCAAAUAAAAACAUUUAAUUAAA